CAAUAAUUAAUUAUAUAUUAUUAUGAAAUUAUUUUAUCUUUUUAAAGAACGAGAAUGCAGUCUUCCUAAAAUCGAUGCUCAAUUGGUUCCUGAUCCCAAGAAGGACCAGUUUAAAGUUGGAGAGGUGGUGAAAUUCUCCUGCAAACCAAGAUUUACCAUAGUUGGAGCUAAUUCAGUUCAGUGCUACCACUUUGGAUUGUCCCCUCAACUCCCAAUGUGUAAAGAGCAAGUACAAUCAUGUGGUCCACCUCCUGAACUUCUCAAUGGGGACGUUAAGGAAACAAAGAAAGAAGAAUAUGCACACAGUGAAGUGGUGGAAUAUUACUGCAAUCCCAGAUUUCUAAUGAAGGGGCCUAAUAAAAUUCAAUGUGUUGAUGGAGAGUGGACAGCUUUGCCAAUGUGUAUUGAGGAGGAGAGUACCUGUGGAGAUAUACCUGAACUUGAACAUGGCUAUGCCCAGCCUUCUUCUCCUCCCUAUUACUAUGGAGAUUCAGUGGAGUUGAAUUGCUCAGAAACAUUUACAAUGAUCGGGCACAGAUCAAUUACAUGUAUUAAUGGAGUAUGGACCCAACUUCCUCAGUGUGUGGCAACAGAUCAACUGAAGAAGUGCCAAACAUCACCAUUAAUUAUAAUUGAUGGAAAUUCAACCAAAAAGUUAGAAUAUGAUCAUAAUUCUAACAUAAGGUACAGAUGUACUAGAAAAGAUGAACUAAAACACUCAGUCUGUGUAAACGGAAGGUGGGAUCCGGAAAUGACCUGCUCAACAACACAAGUACAAUUAUGCCCACCUCCACCUCAGAUUCCUAAUUCUCUGAAUAUUACAACCACAUUGAAUUAUCAAGAUGGAGAAAAAGUAUCUGUUCUGUGUCAAGAAAAUUAUCUGAUUCAGGAAGGAGAAGAAAUUAUGUGCAAAGAUGGAAGAUGGAAGUCAGUACCACGCUGUGUUGAAAAAAUUUCGUGUUCACAACCACCGCACAUAGAAAAUGGAACCAUUAAUUCAUCCAAAUUUUCAGAAGAAAGUUAUGCACAUGGGACUAAAUUGAGUUUUACUUGUGAAGAUGGUUUCAGGCUAUCUGAAGAAACUGAAAUAACAUGCUUUAUGGGAAAAUGGAGUUCUCCACCUCAGUGUGAAGGUCUUCCUUGUAAGUCUCCACCUAAGAUUUCAAAUGGUGCUGUAGCUCACAUGUCAGACAGUUAUCAGUAUGAAGAAGAAGUUACAUACACAUGUUUUGAAGGUUUUGGAAUUGUUGGGCCAGCCACUGCAAAAUGCUUGGGAGAAAAAUGGUCCCAACCUCCAGCAUGCAAAAGAACGGAUUGUCUUGGUGUACCGAGGUUUCCAAAUGCCAUACCCGAGGGAGAGAACAGUUCUUGUGUGAAUCCGCCCACCGUACAAAAUGCUUAUAUGAGGGAAAGACAGAAGAAUAGAUAUUCAUCUGGUGACAGAGUACAUUAUGAAUGUAGGAGACCUUAUGAAAUGUUUGGGGAUGCAGAAGUGAUAUGUGUAAAUGGAAACUGGACAGAAGCACCUCAGUGCAAAG